AUGGAACGCUCUCUCUCUCGUGAGGAGAAAGAGAAACUUGUACGUAGCACAAAAAAGGUCAAGAAUGUGAGCCAUGCUGGUUUCGGUGAAGGGCAUAGCUCUGGCUCUGCUUCACCAAACCGCGACGGUGUACCGUGGAAUCAAAAUGCGUCAUUCAGAGAUAAACUUUUGGGAGAAAUUCCUGGGGCUUUCGCACAAGCUUUUAGCUUUGAAGAUGGUAUGGAUGAUGAGGUUGAGUCGGAUGGGGAGGUUGAAACACUCUGGCAAGGCCUGUUAGCUGUUAAAAUUCCUAGGGAACUCAAACAAAGAAUCCGCAAGCCGUGGACAAGCGCUUUUAUCGUUAAAGUUUACGGUCGGAGUGUGGGGCUGAAUUUCAUUCAAGGCAGGUUACUGGCUCUAUGGAAACCGGCAGGGAGGCUAGAUUGUGUGGAUUUGGGGCAUGGUUUUUUCCUUACAAGGUUGUCCUUAAGUGAAGAUUAUGAAAAUGUUUUGAGGAAAGGUCCAUGGUUUGUCGGAGACCAUUUUCUUUCUAUUAGACCUUGGGAGCCGGACUUUAAGCCUGCCUUAGCAAGUGUUUCAUCCAUCGCUGUUUGGAUUAGAUUAAAUGAGCUUCCCAUUGAAUAUUACAAUGCAGAGGCGCUGCAACUAAUUGGGAAAGCCAUUGGAAAUGUCCUCCGUAUAGAUACCUUUACGGCGUCGGAAACUAGAGGUCGGUUUGCAAGGCUGUGUGUGCAAGUUGAUGUGGAAAAACCUCUAGCUACUGCUAUUAUGAUAGGAAAGCUGGAGCAACAGAUUUGUUAUGAAGGAAUCCAAAAAAUGUGCUUUGAGUGUGGUCGUUUAGGUCAUAGUAAGGAGCAUUGCCCUCAUGUUGUCCGACAAGGACCGUCGUACUCGGAGGCCGGAUUGAAGGAGGCGGGUGAGACGUGUUUUAGCUCACGGUUUGUGCAUGGUCCUGACGAAGCAAGGCGUGGGGAGGGGACCAGUGGUGUGAUGCGUGAUUCUGAGCAAAGUACUGAGCAGGAGGAUGUGCGAGAGGGGGUGUACGGGCCUUGGAUUGUAGUAGAGCGCAGAAAAAAUAGUACAAAACCGUUGAGGAGUGGUGGGAUUGUGCCACGGCAAGGGAAUGGUUUAAAUACCAGAACAAGUGAUUACGUGGAGAAGGGAGCUGCAGAUCGGGCUGCUGGGAUUGAUGGGUCUAAUAGAGAGUCCAAAAGGAAGAUGGCGUCUUAG